AGGAAAAGAAGAAGUGUAAUUCAGACAGGGAUUGUGGGUCAAAGAAAGUUUGUCAAAGUAAAAGAUGCGAAUGCAGAAAGGGUUAUAUUGGUGAUGGCAUCUUUUGCGAAGGUUAGUUGUAAGGGUUCAUUACCUUCUAAAGAACAGAAAAAAAGGGAGAGGCCAACCUUGUCUGAUUAUAUAUCCGUACUUGCUUGAUUCAGUGUAUCUGCAUGGAAAAACAACUUCAUCUUAAAUAAAGAUGGUGAAUAAUUUUUUGUUAUGGCUUCGAUAUUGCAAGAAAAAUGAAAGCACUGUCUCAACAGACUCGCUAAAAUUACGUAAAUUUUUAACAAGAGAAAAAUUGAUAGCUUCAAAUGUUAAAAAAGAUAGUUAAAAAUUAACAAUACCACAGCUCAUUUCGUUCUACACAUUUAAGAUUUUUUAAGAUUUUUUUCCUGGUAUUUAUUUUCACGGCAGUCUUAUUUCCAAGCAGCCCAAAAGUAAAAGUUUCUUGAAGCCAGAAAAAAACAUUCAUAACAAAGUUUAUGCAGAAAAUUUUUACGUCACUUGAUAGAAUGUAGUUCUUCAGAGCACAUCGCUUCAUGUAACGAAAUCGAAGAUAGCCUUGGAUUCUGGUUUCGACGCCUGGAUUCCAGAUUUCAGGAACUGGAUUCCAGUCUUUAUAAGUGGAAUAUUGGAUUCUGGAUUCCAAUCGAUAGUGGGAUUCCGAAUUCUACAAACAAAGAUUCCCGAAUUCUGGAACCUGGAUUCCCUUACAAAGGGCGAAGGCUUAGGCGUUCAGAUAGUAUAGCGCGGCGGCCAGAUGAUUACCCUGGGUGCCAGAGACUUUUCUAGUGUGGUUUCCGGUUUCUGUCAGGUCUUUAUAGUGAGCCGCUUCGCCGCUCGUGGCUUCGACCUUCGGCAAACACCGAAAAUUCCGGCCGCACGCGAGAAAAACCUCUCGUACCGAUGGUACCAGAUGAUGGGGAUCGAGUUAAAUUGUACACCGGGAAAACGGUGGGGGGGAGGACCCGGGGGGCGAGAGCGAAUCCCCUCCCUGCCCUUUUCCAAUUCUCCCCUCAAUUUUUUUCUUCGUGAAUUUUUCUCCGGCGCUCUACUAUCUGAACGCCUGCAACAGGUUACGCGAGGGAGCGAGUGGAAUGCAAGAGAAGACGCUGUUGAUUGAGUCUUGAAAAGACGCUAGACGAAAUACCGGGUACGACAUUUUGCGGCAAACUCGGGUUCGACUUGCGCGUACUUUGGACGAAAUGGCACAAAUGUCUCUAGAACGGGAAAUAAACGAAGUGUUAUAAAGAUCAGUCUUGAAAAUAUAUAUCCUUUCGGGCCCUAACACAGAGUUGAACUGAAGCCUCUUGUGUUUUCUUCUCAGAAUUACCCGUCAAUAUGAUAAACGUAGCAAAGAACAGACCCGCAGUUCAAAGUUCUACAGAGUGGGGGCAUGAAGCUAAGCGUGCAGUGGACAGUAGCAGCCAUGGUCAUGAUGUGUCAAGCUGCUCUAAAACGCAAAAAAGCACUAGACCAUGGUGGAGGGUUGACUUAGGAGAAAGCGUUUGGGUGGAGAAAGUUCUUAUAGCCAACACAAGAAAAGACUAUGAUUACCAAGAGUUGUCGAACGUCAACAUUAGAAUAGGUAUGUUAGUAACCAUUGGUUCACGUUUUGUCCAUAAUUAUGUUUGAAAUUACUGAGUGCUAUAUGUAUAGUAACGCCGGCCGCUAUAAAGUAUAAUGAUGUAAUGACGUUAAAUGAUGCACGUCACAUUGAUGACCGCUGGCCGUUUUAUGGGUUUUAUGCAAACGGUUUUCUCUAUAUAUACAUAAAACGGCCAUAAAUCAGCGCGUGGACUACACAGGAGAGACGUAACCCAGAUUUUAAAUAAGGCAGGCUGUUUUUAUUAAAAUCCUUUCAUUUUCGUAGGUUACAGAAACGAUCGGUUUUUUCCCAUAAAAAAAUCCUUAUAUUUCCGUUGUAUUUCGAAUGUUACGCAACAGCGCCGAUGCUCAUAUCUCGAGCUUGGUCUACCUGUGAUCAUGACCACAUACGCAUAUGAUGACAGAACUGUAAUAAUGCACACAAAAGGUUUAAGAUUUUCAGUGUUUGCAUGUCGUGAAUGCUUAAAAGCACUUUCGUCUAUUCUUGCGAAUUAAAAGUUAGUAUACAGUAGUCUACGAGCAAGCUCUCCGAUUAUGGCCAGCGAAGCGAACCGCGAAAGAACACGCGAGUGAGCGGCGAAGCCGCGAGGAGCCAAGGAAACCUCCCACUCGCGUUUCCUUUCGUGUAGGGUUCUUGCGUGGCUUCUGGCGACUCCCCCAAAUAGAGAGCUUGCUCGCAGGUCAAGUUCAGACGUGUAAACCAACAAAAGAUUAUGUAACACACUCCUCAACGUUGCUUGAAAAGAAUGCUGAUGAAGGAACUCCAAAAAUUAAUGAAUUAAAAAAUGUAGUGUGCGUAACCCAGAUGAUUUUUUCCAUCUGUGCUUUACAAUAGGUAAUAACAAGGACUCUGAUCGAGUCACGAACCGAUUGUGUCGGCAAGGACUUAAGAUCCCCAAGGAACCAUGGCUGUACAACUGCCCUGAGCCCAUGCUCGGCAGAUACGUGCAUAUUCGCCUUGAGAAAAGAGGGGUGUUGACCCUGUGCGAGGUGGAGGUCUUUGUAAACGGUAAGUAAACAUGUGAUUAAGCACCCAACGUCAACUUUCGGAAAAUAUCUGUUCGGAAGAUGAUUUGAGAUCUAGAAUUUUCCGAACAUUUGUUGUAAAAUUUCUUGCUUGCCUGCUUCUCCUAGGAUUUUCGAACAUCUAAAAAAUGGUAUAAUUUCUCAUUUUUAACGGAUUUUUACCAUAAAAGGUCACCUAUAAUUUUCGGGAGCCUUUUUUCUGGCUGAAUUUUCGAAAAGAUAAGUUUUGAUCCCUAUAAUUUUCGGAUCACCAGACUUUCAGCUAGGAAAUCCGAACAGAUGGAAAAUUUAUAGGAGAUAAAAGUAUGGCUCUAUCUACCGUUGAAAUACUAAAAUACGUUUAACAAUGCAAUGUUUAAGUUGUUUUGAACUAUAUUCUCGUUGGGUGCCCCUGAUUAAGUAAAUUACAAAUACCUCGCAUAAUCGAGGCACAACUUAUUGCACUCUCUCGAUUGCGAAUGAGACAAAAAGAUGAAAAUUUGCCUAUUUGUGGACAACUUUCUUUAGCACUGAUCGAUAAUAAGGACAUUAAGAUCCAUCAACAGCUAGCGACAGCAACAAGAACGUCAAAACAGCAAAAGGUUUAAGAAGCAAAGUAACGACUUUGUACGUGCAGCACACUUUUUUGUACAUUUCCAAGCAUUAACAAAAACCAGAUCGGAUCAGACUGGCAAUUUGCCAUAAAUUCCCGUUUGUUUUCAUAGAGGACCGUGAAGACGACUCCUUUUUAAUUAAAAUAAUGUACGUUAAAUUUCAUUCUCAUAUUAACCCUAAACCGCCUCCUCUAAAGAAGAACCAUUUCAUUUAGGCUCAGUGAAUAACGAGACCACUACACAACAGAGUAGAAAUAACAAAGCCUAUGCUACAAGAUACUUGCUUCUCUCUCUGCCAUCUACGAUAAGGGCGAAGUCAUGUGACCACGCCUCUUUUUGAAAUUUGAUCUUACGAAGUUGUGCAACAUAAAAUUCUCAGUGCAGUUAAGUACAAAAUUCUGUUAAUGUUUAUAUGGGGAGGUUCUGCCCCGAGGUCCAACCCCUCACCCUUUUAUAUGCCAUUUUUCACCAAAAUGGUACCCUCCUUUCACAUACCUUGUUUCGAACUUUGCAUCUCUUUUACUGCUGUAAAUCAGCACUGUCUUUUAAAUAGGAGUCAGCCUGCAGUGCAGGCAUAUUUUGGGUAGGUAAAAGUUGCUUGUUUAUGUUCGCACUGUUAUAACAACCAUCUUUGAUGUUAUGACAGAAGGAAGAUUAGGGAGAGUAAAUAUAGUAACCCUAUUAGGGUAGGUGCUAGGGUGAAAGAAGGAAAAGGGGGGAGGGGGAGGGGGAGGGGGAGGGGAGAAAAAAAUACUCUCUCUUUUCUCUUCUCUCUCCCCGCCCCCCUACCCCGCUCCUUUUGACUCGCCCCAUUUUCUCCUCUCUUUUCAAGUUUCAAAAUGGUGCUUUCGCAAGCAAAACAUUUGCCCACUUGAAGAAAACGCCUGCACUGCAGGCUAAAUAGGAAUCAAUCAGAAUCAAUCACAAGAAUAGACAAUUUCUUGACUUUUUAAAGCCAUGAUUUUCAUCUGCUAGCCCUUUUGGGCCCUUUUACAGGCCCAAAUGACAGAUUUCCCUACACUUUUAUACACUUCAUCUUGUGAAAUCCCUACCCUUUCUCAUACCUGAAGCCUGAAAAAGGUACCCCUUCCCGGCGCAGCCUCCCCAUAUAGGCCACGAUAGGGAGUACCCACCCCCUCCCCAGGCACAAACGCGCCGAGUAACCCAUUUUACAGUUACAGAGUUACAGUUACAGAGUUAAAGUUGGAAACGAGGCUGGAGUUGACCUUGUUUUGAUACAACCCUUCUUGCUUUAUUGUGCACAUCAUGUUGUUGUUUAUGCCAACUAAUAAUUUUUAAGCAAAAUUUCCAUUAGAAAAGGAAGGAGGUUUGUAUCAAAACAAGGUCAACCUCAGCCUCACGUUCACUCAAAGGCUAUGAUAACAAGCCCACAACUGUAAAAUAGCCUAUUCAGUUUUAAAAUCUAGACGGUUAUCUUAAUUCCAACAGAUAAGUGAAAUUUAUCUUACCUUGCUUGAACUAUUUGUCCUUCCCGAAUCAGAACAACAGAUCAUUUCCAAGGCCCUUGUAGCAUUACUGAGUUUCCUCGUGCUUCCUAAACGACUUUCAAUAUUUAUCUGCUAUAAAAUUCCACCAAGUUUCGUGAUAGCCUCGAUUAGCCGGAGCAUAGUGAAUUUCUGUCCCUUAUCCUGCAGGCAGAGGUUUCUCUCUUGCAUAGCUUUUAGCGUUUACGAAGUUGUUUGCGUGGCUUGUCUAUCUUGUGGUUAGUUUGUUUACGCGCCGUGAGAAACGACGAACUCGCAACUUGCAGUUAGCCGCCAUAUUGGAAGUGUUCAGUCUGUGUUCAGCUUACAUGAGACGUUUGAAUUUCAUUUAAAAGUCCGCUGUACGGCUUGGAUAGAGAUUUCGAACCUUUUCGCGCGGGACUGAGUUAAGCUAUCGAUAGUAAUUGCAGGGGCGGAUCCAGGAUUUUUUUUAGGAGGAGGUGCACUCGUCUCUUGCUCUACUUCAACACCAAUAAACCACAUAGUUUUCUCUUUUUUUUGCAGAAUACCAGUUGUAUUAGAAAACCACAGGUCAUCUCAGGGGGGGAGGGUGCGCACCCCCUGCACCCUCCCCCUAGAUCCGCCCCUGAACUGAGCUUUUUCUUCCUUAAAACUUUAAUUUUUUUAUUCAAGUACACGUGAGUAAAAUAAUAAAUAAUAGAAAAAUAAUAAGCUCUGUGGUUUUUAACUAAUUUUAAGAUGGAAAAAGAAACAAAUCGAAACAUGGCGUCAGCCGGCACUCCUAGCGGUGUCGAGGCUCUCUGCUCUGUAUGAAAUUCCUCGUGCGUAUCAACGGUCUCUAUACGGAAUUUCUUUCAGCUAAUCAGUCUUCUAAAAAAAUUGUUUCUGCAAGAAGGCACUAGAAUGAGUAAAGAAAUGAGGUGUUUGAUUGAAAGACAUUAUAGAUGUUAUAGUAGAAUCCCGAUAAUUCGAGUUCCCCGCUAAGUCUCAUUUCCGUCCCUAUGUCGACCUAUGGAUUUUCACCCCACGUUUCAGCCAUUUUUACUCGGUUAACUCGAACUACACGAAUUCCUCGCAAACUCGAACUAAAUCGUUUUCCUUGAUCAAAAUGUCACUGAAAUUUACCCCGAUUACUACUUCUGUUUCUUGUAACCUCACUCGGAUGCCAUUAGCUCCUCGUGUUGUAUAAUCUGUAAAACCACCAACACUAUAACACUACAGUACAGCAACUUUUGAUUCGUUCAGUGAACAGAUCAUGUCAGUUUAUAAUCGACCUGCUUUUCGUUAACCCUUCAGAGUUCAAUUAAAGGUAGUUUUACUGUAGUCAACACCAUGGUAAAGCGCUUUUGAGCUACUUCUGUAUUCAUUAAUCAAUUGAAAAAUGGUAUCCUUAGUGCAUGUAUUGAACCAUUGCCGAUAGUAGGUAGUGUAUGUUGUGUAUUUGUAGUAGUUCUUUAUUGAUAUAGAUGUGGUAGUGUACAUGUUAUAUUAUUUUUAAGAAAAAUCAUUAAGAUAAUUGCCUAUGGUAUCCAAAUUGGUAUCCAAAAACAGGCUAAGAUAAAACAAUGAAAUGAAUAAGGCUAUCUACCGCAUCUUUAUUUCCUAGGGGAUGCCCAAAAUAAGGAUUGGAAAUACCUCCUUUCCUAUGGCAAUGAUAUGUUGAGAGGGCGCUUUUUGAGAUUUGACAAGGAAUCCGUUGUUGUGGAUGCAUCACCGAAAGGCAAUUUCAGGGGUAAAAGAAAAGAUUUGAUCAUUGAUAGGCCGCCGCGAAAAGAACUCCUCCUUCCUAACUACGAAGUCAUGAUGCCGCUGGAUCACGCAUUUGACAACGAGGGGAAAUUCCAAUCUUACUGCAGGCCGUCAAAAAGAAUCACGGAGGACUACUUUAUCAACGCUACGGUCAUUAACAGCCGAGGAGACAGCUAUUCGGUUAAAGCAGUUUACGUAUGUAAGUAAAAGUAUCAAAUGAGUUAUAUUUUCCCUAUCCCUAACAACGGGCAAUUUUACAGUUGUGUGCUUAGUGCCCUGGCCUUUGAAUAGAAACGAGGCUGGUGGUGAACUUUAUAUCGAGUUUUGACAGAGGACUACUUCAUCAACGCCAAGGUCAUUAGCAGCCUAGGAGAUAGCUAUUUGGUGAGGGAAGAAAAUAGCAAAUAAUGUCCUUACCAACUUUUAAGUUGCAUUUGUUGUAUAGGGGUAGCCUAUCCAGAAAUAAUCAGCUUACAAUUAUUUACUUAUUUUACAGCAAAUGUCGGCGUGGAUAGAAAGCCAAUUCAGAGAACAUUUAACUGCAACAUAAAAGACCUUCGUUUGAGAGGUAUGUUUAUCGCCCAUGUGUUUUUUCUUCACUUGUUUCUGUUGUUGUAGUUUUCUUUUAUAAUUUUUUUUUUAACGGACCUAUUAAGAAAGUAAAAUCAGCUACAGUAACGCAUGCAAGUUAGAAGAAGUAAUUUUUAAAGAGUGACACUGAUUUCUUUUACAUCUCUGCCUAGUUUUUCACGAGGAUUGCGAGUGCACAACUUUUUAAAAAUCUUAAAAUUUCCUAUUGUCAGCAAGAAAAAAGUCAGUCUCUUUCAAUAAUCGCAGAAAUUAUUUCCCAGAAAAAAGCGAUCUGUAAAAUUAAACACCCACAAAAAUGUCCUUCCACAAUAUUUGUGAGAUAUUAGGUAACCUGGUACUCCCUGAACAAAAUUUCGUCCCAGUUUUCCGACAUGCCAAUAAAUAAUUUAUCUAUGUAUCUCUAUAAUAUAUUUUUUUGUUCUGCUGCAGCAAGCGUUUGUAAGCUGGACGUGCCUUGCCCUCAAUUCUCGCAGUGUAACACUUCAUUUAUCAGCCCUGCUUUUGUACCGGCUUCGUAUUACUGCAAGUGCGACGCGGGUUAUGAACCGUCUGUGAAACGCCCAGGAAAUUUAAUCCUUCCAAGAGAGAAGUGCGUAAAGCAGAAGGAACCAGGCGAGUGACCUUACACUGUUCACAGUUGCAAUGCCAUUAACUUUGAAUUUCAAAAAAUACUAUAUUUAGCAAAGUGGAUCCUUCUCUUCUUUUGGCUCCCUGCUAUUAAUUUUUCUUUUUAAAGAAAAAACAAGGGUUUUUUUCAUUUGUUGUUGCUUGUAUUGAAGCAUAUACAGCUGAUUAGUGGCGUUCAUGACUUUAAGGCCAUAUGUUUACGGUAGGAAUGAAGAAGCUUGGAUGUACUUAACUGAUGCUACUUGGCUUUGUUUAUUCAAAAUUUAGAGCCCUUUAUAAGUCACAGCAGACAAAACCUGGCGCUGGGCAUGAAAACCUUUGCAUCAUCUACGGAUGACUAUCACCACUGUAAGGACAAGCACUGUAAGAAGGCUCCUGCAUGCAGCCAGCUUGUGGUGGAUGGCAAUUUCCAAUCAUGUUUUCUUUCCCUGACCGAGUACCGGCCUUGGCUGACUGUAUACCUAAACGGCCUCCACCCAAUAGCACUAGUCACGGUUGUUCCUGGAGACUCUAUUCACGAGCCAUUGAUAGUAUAUGCAGGUAACACUUACUUCUCACUCAGGGAAACAUCUUGGCAUGGGUUAGGGGUACGUUGGUGAGCAGUUUCUCAGAAACCUAAACUACUCCAAAUACUUCAUUAUACUGUUUCAUUUCGUCUCGGGUUUGCAUAACUGUCUCGAAUUGUCUCGAAUUGCUUUUUUAGAAAAAUACUGUUACUUUGUCGUUUACAAGCAAUUUAUUUGUAAACGUUAAGUUUCACAGUGCAUAAGAAAAUGUACCGAAUUUACGCGAAUUAGCGCUGCGGCGCUUAUUAACUUUUUUCUCCAAAAAUGCGGCGCUUACUUGAGAGCGGUGCUUAAUACCAUAGUAAUACCGCUUAGAACCGUAUUUACACUAAGUAAUUACUGUAAUUGGCAACUUAAGAGUUUAUUACAUUUAGGGCAAAUUGUUAUUACAUUUAGGACUUUAUUACAUUUAGGACAAAAUGUUAUUACAUUUGGACUUUAUUACAUUUAGAGUCGUUUAUUACAUUUAGGCCUUCUACAACACUUACUUCUCACUUAGAGAAACUUGUUGGCUUAGGUGAGGGGUAGGUGGGCAGUUUCUCAGAAACCUAAACUAAUCCGAAUACUUCAUUAUACUGUUUCAGCUCUGUUUCGCUCAUUUAAAAAGAUUUUACUCUGUUGCAAUGAUAUUGCUGGGCAACAGACUCUAAGCUUCAGUAGACGAUGGUCUAGAAAUACAACGUUUCUUGAAUCGGUCAUGCGGUAGAACAUGUCAUGUUCACUGAUUGUAGUAGCUGAAAUUUCAAAGCUCUCAAUUCUUUCACGAAAUCACGCAAAACUUGAUAUUGCCAUUUAAUACAACUGAUUUGUCACUGCUUCAAGAAAACCGUCAGCCCUUAGAUAUAACAAUUUUCAAUGUUCAACAUACAGUAUACUUAAGAAUUGCCGAAUUAUGGUCCGCUUUAAGGUAAGAUAGAAUUUUCGAUCCAAGAUUUGUAUCACAGGUACGUAUAAAAGUAUGUUCGAGUUCACAAUUCCUAAAUAAACAAGGCAUAAUUAAGCUAAAGAGACUGGCUGCUAAUGAUUUGUGCUUUUAGGGUCCCCUCAUUGUUCCAACUUCCCCCCUAUCCCCAUUUUUUUUUUAAAAUUUACGUUACUUUAUUUCAACUGAGAAGGAAAUCUCCACUGUCUUUCCUUCCAGUCCCGCCGCCCCCCUCCCCCUCCCGCCCACUUCAUUUUUAAUCUCUUCUACCGCGCGCCCUGCAUUAUAUUAAACUUGGCUUCAUAUUUUUAUCUGCAAAGGAUUGAAAGGUAGAUUUACAAGAUGUGAAACUCUCAGGACAGAGGUACGUGUAUGGAGCGUUGAGUGCAGAAAUGGAGAUGAGCCUUAUAUGUGGGGUGACGCAGUACAGAUACAGAUAAAGGAGACCAAAGCCAGAGCUCUCUCCAUCUGCGAAGUUGAAGUUUACGCCGAGACCUAUGGUAAGGAUGAUGACUUAAGGCUCUUGCACGUCAUGUUAAAAAAACAUCUAACAACAGUCUAUCAGAUUUAUAUCGACAUUCAAGAGGAGGAGAUGACUGUUUUGUGAACGGACUUUUUACGCGUUGCGCCCUGUUAGCAGCGUUUUCUCUCUUUUAGCGUCUACGAAGUCGUUCACGUGGCUUGUCUGUCGCGUGGUUGGUUCGCAACUUCGCCAAAGACAAGCCAUGCGAACGACUUUGUCAACGCUAAAAGCCAUGGAAGAGAGAAACAUUUGAUCGCAGGGUAUCGGAAAGUUUGCAUAUAUGUGUUGGCGAUUCUGAAAGCUAUAACAUUUGGGAUCUCGGUCCCUGUUAGUUCAACAGUGCUGUUUAGGUUUUGAGUGAAACGCCAGAUGAAUUGCAUUGCCUGGUACUUCAAGUCAUGGGGGUCAAUGGGAGAUGGCUUAAUAUCAUAUCCCAUUCUCGCAAAAAUAUCAUGAUUUACUGAAACCAGACACUGUUUUCAAGAUAGCAGGCAGGUUGGCAGCAUAUAUAACAUAGCUCGAAAAGCGAGGUGAGGUGAGGUGAACAGACUCCAGGGGGUUGAGCGGUCACUACCCUGCUAUCAGAGGCCUCUUUUCAAUAGCUGCAAUGAAAAGAGGACUCUGAUAGCAGGGAAAGCGGUGACCGACAUUCCCCUUUCCGUCUGCUUGCACUCUUUAGCCUUCUCGUCGUCCUAUGCCACACAAAAGAGCCUCACCACAGGAAAUAAUUUGAAAGUAUUCAAAAAGAAAGAAUUUUCAUAGAUGAUUAUAGUCAGCCAUCUUUGUAAGUCGCAGGAGUGACCUCAAAUUCUUGUUUUGACUUCUCCACUUCCAUGUAGCUAUAAGUAGGUUUAAUACCCGAAAAACGGAGCGACGAUAAGGGGAAGGGGAGAGUUAUAAUAAGUGCUCUAUGGGCCUCAGGUUGAGGCUCUCUCCCUUCCUUUAGUAUUAAAAACAGCUUAAAAGAGCCUGCUUUAGCUUCGGAGUGUUGACGUGUAAGAAUUUUCCAUAAAGGAGCUUUUCACCUUUUAUGCAGGAAAUAUCGCCUUGAAGCGCACCACACGAGACUCUGGAAAUUCUCUCGACGUUUCUCCAACAGUCGAUGGAAUUCUAUUCGGAAAGUGCCUCUCCGACACAAAGAAACCUUUCUGGAAUGUACAAUUUGGUGACAAAGUGCGGGUUGCUGUAGUGUUUGUGCUACAUUCAGAAAAAUCAUAUGAAAACAAGAAAGGCCUCGAAAUUCAAGUUGAAGUUGGAAACCCAAAUGCAGGUGAGAGGUCCAUUUUGCCACCUCGACAUCCUCAACCUUUUCUUAGCUUUUAGAAAAACAGUUUUAAAACAGGACCUAUUUCCUCUUUUGGGAAGCAAGAGUGGCGCAGUGGUGAGAGCAUUCGCCUCCCACCAAUGCGACCUGGGUUCGAAUCCUGGCGUUGAGGCCAUAUGUGGGUUGAGUUUGUUGUUGGUUCUCUCCCUUGCUCCGAGACGUUUUUCUUCGGGUACUCCGGUUUCCCCUCUCUUUAAAAACCAACACUUUCAAAUUCCAAUUCCAUCUGGAACGCAAGGACACAUUUCAACGAGUUUUUUUUAGUUCUUCGGAACUCCUAAGUAUUCCGUGGGUAAACAAACUACAAGUUCAAUUUUUUAAGUAGCUGCUUAUUUAAAAAGCAUAAAAAUGAAAGUGCUUCAAUGAAUAUAAUUUUUCUAUUCUCGUAACAUCCAAAUCAGUGAUUCGGCUCUUUCUUGAUCCCAUCGGCAAAAUCUGAGUUCUGCACUCAUAUGUUAUGUUAAGUUCUUGAUUUUGUAUUGACAAUAUAUAAUCAUUGACGCCAGCAUGACAGACGUCAAUAAUUGUAUAAUACCCGCAUCUUCCAAAUUUCUUCAGCGCCUGCUAUUCUAAAAUGAAUAAUCAGCUCGAGGAUUACAGCCAAACAGAAACGGCGAAAUAUUUUGGAUGAUUAAUAAAUAUUAUUAUAAAAUCAAUAAACAUAAUUGCCCAUAUCGUCCUUACGAUCAACACUAAUGCAAUUAACUCUUCCAGGCUUGAUGGAGCAUGUGCUCUUCAUUUGCUACAAACAUCACCUGACUACCUCGACGUCAGCGUUAUCUAAAAGUUUUCGUUUUUGUUUCCACAUAAAAAUACCAGAACAAGAUGACGUCAUCAAAUUUUAUCUUUUAUAUGUCUCAAGAGCAUUAUCUUUUUUAGCUUGCUCUGUACGCUGUAACAGCUUUAAAUUUUCUGAUUACAGCGCUGAAUUUCAGAAGAUGCACGAUUACUUCCAAGUACUCUGGCAAAGCAAAAUAUUUCAAAUGCGCAAACCCGCUGAGGGGAAUUGCAGUGUAUAUAGAGAUGCGAGAUCAAAACACACCGGAAACACUUCAACUCUGUGAGGUGGAGGUAUUCCAAACGACCACAAGUGAGUAGCAGCAGAGUGAAGACAUGUAUUCCACAUUUAAGGUCCAACACGAACGAGGCACAGAUCAUGAAUUUUUUAUACCUUGCGAAAAAAAUGGCGAGCUCAUGCGAUCAGUGCAUGGCUUUUCAAAUUUGACCAUAGCGCAUCCGUCCAUUCACAUGAUAACCAAAAUUCUGGGAUCAUCUUUUUUCUUUCUUGAAGGAGAUUUCACCUCCGCCCCCAUAGGUUUUUCCCGAUUUUUUUUCAGUCUUUUUUUUUUCAGCCAAGCUUUAUCUUUGAGUAUCUAGUAAAUUUUUUUUCCGUCAGAGUGUGACCUAUUUUAGGAAACCUUAACCACGCUCAGUUGCUAUGGUGAAAGAUAUGACGUUAAAAGUAACAAGAGAUCGAACCAUUGUUGAGCAAAUAUACGAAUUAACAAAGUACCAAAUGCAGAAAAAUGUUCAAUACUACCGUAUACCCCUAUGACUAAGAUUCAAUACCAUCUGCUUAAGUCUGACAGUCAAGAUGGCGUCUAGGAUGUCGGCCACUUUGAAUGAUAAGGGCGCCCGGAAGCGCCACAUUCCAUUAUAGUUCGGAUGAUACUCAACGUCUUAGCUUGCAAAAUAUCAUGAAUUUUCAAAAAGAAAAAGAAUAAUAUGGGGAUCUAACCACUUUCCACGCAAUAUUUUACCUUAUUUAGGAAUAUAGCAACUUUGUACAUUUAAGAGUAAAUAAUAACUACAGACAUCCCGGCUGUGUUAAUUCCAUUUUUAGUUAACGUUGCUGCCGGACGUCCAGAGAAAAGUACGAACAGCCCAACUGUCAAACCUGGACUUGGCUGUGAUCAAAAGAUUGGUGAGUGUAACCAAGAGACCAUUAUGGUUUAAAGAAACCCUUUUUAUACCAGAAAGCAAAAUUAGCAAUUACAGUAAAUGAGGCUGAGUUUAUAUUGAGUUGUUUAGUUAGCAUAUUUAUCAUUAAGGUGUUAAAACUGGCUAUGUUUUGAGAACAUUUAAAUCGACAUUCAUAAUGCUGUUCUUGCUAUGUGUUUAGGCUGUAGUCCGUCUUCACAAAUGGGGUAUCAUUUUCCGCUAUAUUCUAUAGCUCCACCAAAGCAAUGCUCUAAUCUUCGUUCCUAAGACUUCUGGGUGGUCGUCUCCUUUUCUAGCGUCUAUCCUGUAGUAUUGACGUCACAUUAAAAGAUAUCACAAACGUCAUGCGAAUUCGGUCAACUCUAACAGGUAAUGAAAUACUAGCUGGAGGAUUUGCGCCAAUCAGAAUUGGGGAAAUAUUUUCAAUGAAUAGCCUUGGCGUUCGCCUGAAGUGAUGCUAUUUAAUGAAAUUUUAUUCUUUUCCCAGAUAAACCAUUCGUAACAAACACUAAUCUGUACCCGUGGUGGAGUGUUGACUUACUAACUAAAGUUGAGGUUCAUGUAAUACGCAUCAUUACCGCGGUUGGUUACAGACCAGAUGACUUGAAGGGACUAGCGAUUACUAUUGGUAAGGCAAUAUUAGCCUACGAGCAAGCUCUCCUAUUUAGGCAAGCGAAGUGAGCCUCGCGAGAACGAGCGAAAAUAGGAGAGCUUGCUAGCAGGCUAAGGCAAUAUAUGUUGUAAGACCUACUAGAAAGAGACAAAAAGCACUGUUAAACAGAACUGGCCAUUAAGAAUCAACUUACUAAAUGAUUUCAACAAACAGUGUCAGACAAAAGUAACGACGAAGAGCAUUUUCAAGGUAUAAGAAAAAACAAUAUUCGCUGCCAAAAGGUGUCACCGAAGUCAAACGCUGGAUGCGUCUCUCUUUUAUAUUUAGUGUGUGUGUGUCGGGAGGGGUGUUCUUUUAUUUUCUUCAUUUUUUACUUUCUUAAGUAAAAUGACAGUUAGAGAUGUAUGAUAUUGUAACUGUCUUACAUCUUUUUUUCAAAAUGUUAUUGUUAAUGUUUCACGUUCAAGUCGGAUGGGUGAGCAGACGAUAAAACGUAUGGAAGUUUUUCUUGCAUAGAUAUACUUUUUUAAUGUUUGAUCUCGCUUGGGGAAUCUAAUCUGUCCUUCCCUUUUUUGAUCGUAUUUUCACUAAAUUUAUUUUUCUAUCUAGAUAACAACCCGAGAAUAUUUCUUAAGCAUCCUACAGCCGACCGAGUCCAAAACAUUUCCUUCGCCAAGCCAAUUGAGGGAAAAAUUGUUACUCUGAGUCCUGGUGGAGAGCUUGUUUCAUGGAAGCAAUUAAGAUUCCUUGAAGUUGAAGUGUACAAUGGACCUCUCAUUGGUAAACAAAGUCAUUUAUACUUCCCUUUCUGGUUCGUUGCCUGUAUUUACUGUAAACGUAAAUAGCGCUGUGGUGACCAACUAGCAGAAACAAAAUGGUUCACUUAGCUUGGCCAUCACACUCACACUUUAACAUUAAUUCUGUAGAAGCAUUUUCUUGCAAACAUUAAUCUAUAGAGUUUUUAACUUAAGGGUGCGCUCGAUUGGGAAAUCCGGAUUUAGAUUUUUAAUUUUUUGAUUUAGAUUCCCAAUCGAACGCAAAAUCCGAAAACGGAUUUCACCUCCGAGAAAUCCUUCCUCAGGGUGGAUUUCAAUUAAGAAAUCCAAAUCCGGAUUUUUUGGAAUUCCUUUUUAACCGUUCGAUUGGGAAAUCCGAAAACGGAUUUGCAAAACUGUUCUCGUGAACAGCGGUCUUCUUUUUCCUAAUUAUGCGUGCGCGUGCAAUACCACUGUUAUUAACGUUAUUAAAUCCUUUUUCGGAUUUCCCAAUCGAACGGUAAAAAUGAAAAUCAAAAAACAGAUAUCUCAGCGUUGAAUUCCGUUUUCGGAUUUCGCGUUCGAUUGCAAAACCGAAAUCCGGAUUUUAAAAUCUAAAUCCAGAUUUCCCAAUCGAGCGCACCCUUAGAAUUAGUGAAGGCAUAUUGAGAGAAAUAAAUUAAAUUGAAUAAAUGCGUUCUACAAGGCGACUAAGGGAUCAUUACGGGUAGGAGCUCUCCUAGUGAAAAUGAAAGGAGAUGUCAAAAGAAUACCUUUACUAAGGAAAAUUGUUGCAUAAAAGUUACAUUGCACGUGGAGAUCAGUGCUUCAGAAAUGAGCCAGUCAAAUUGCCUAAGUCGAUCUUCACUGGAGGCAAAGUUUAAACUUACCAAUGCCAAUUGCAGAUUUGCACGUGACGUCACGGCGGCCGUCAUGAUGUUGGGGGAUCAAAACUAAAGCAUUUCUCUCUUCUUUUUUUUUUUAACUUGUCUCUUCUGGAAACUAAACUCUAUUUUCAAGUAAAUUCUUCGAGAAAAAAUUCUUCUGUUUUGACCUCCUACAUGGCCCUCUUGCCGUCUUGGUUGCAAACAAAGAAUUGUGAUUUGUAUUUUCUACUUCUAGGUUGAUUUAUACUGGUUCUCUUUCUCUCUACGGCUGAAACUAAUUCUUGAUAUGUUCAACAAUAACUUCUAUGGAAAAAUGCGCUAACGGCAGUUCAAUGGCCCACGUUCGAUUUAUUAAAAAUUCUAACAUGAAUCCUUUGCUUUAGGGUCAAAAUCACAGUUUCUUUAAUACUCCAUUGUCUUGCAAUUUCCAAAAGAGACCAGCUUGAGCACAAAGAAAACCGAGAAAACCAAACCAAUAGAAAAAUGACCAGAAAGCCUCGGAGUCCUGUUAAAAUUUUAGUAUAUCGAAUGUGGGGAAUUGACCAAACAAGGAAAAGGAAAAGACGCACAUGCACACCAAGCUUUACAUGCAUCUUAUGUAUCAAUUUUCAUGUCGUAUAUAUACUUCCAACAGAUACAACUGGAGGAUGGGGGGCAGGGUUUUUCAACUACAAGCGCCUUGCACUAGGGAUUCAGGGUUGACCAGCAGUUGACGACAAGCCGUUUUUCUUUCUGAGUAAUUUUCUAUGUUACUUUUCUAGAUGUUAACGAAUGUAGCAUACCUGACACCUGUCCUGCUAAUUUCGAGUGCAAGAAUUUGAAGUUUACAUACAAGUGUGAAUGCAGAGGAGGGUUUAAAUAUCAAAUUAAGGAGAAAGGAAAAAGCAAGGAAUGCGUGGGUGAGUUUCAAUUGGCGUAUAAUUCUCAUAACAUUGGGCAGAAUUAUCUGCAUUUUACUCAAAAAGGAUUGCUUUUUACAACAAAGUUAAAAAUGGGAGAUAUAAAGAAUCAACGAUAAGAGGACACAGAAAAAAAACUGAGCCACAGAAGGGAUUCGAAACCACGCCCCUAUGCGGUUCGUAAGUCCGCCCCAAAAAAGUGACCCUUGCUCGCCAACGAGUCCUCAGUACUCAAUGGUUAGAACACGGAGGGUCGUGGGUUCGAAUCCCAUCUGGGGUUCAGAUUUUUUCUAUGCUCUCUUAUGGUUGAUUCUUUAUAUCUCCCUUUCCUAACUUUAUUAUUUCAUGUCAGUGGGAUAGGUUGGAUUGCUUUUCUUAUCAAUACUCGUAAACCAUGGCCAACUCAGAGAUACUACACACCAACAAAUUCUGAAAUAUCUUUUUCUCGUAGAGAACUUCCGCUCGUAGGCUUUGCUGAAUCUACCGGUACAUAUACAGUAUGCCAUGCCGUUCCCAAAGCAUUUUCUAGUUAGUGUCUCAGGCAAUUGUUGUUGUUGUUGUUGUUGUUUUUCUGCUUUGUGAUUGGGUACAACAUGACUCAUGGUCCACUUUUUUAUCCAAGCAAAAGAAAGAUCUAAACCUUAACUUGGGGCUUUUACUGAUUAUUGAUUAGUUUGCUGGAUUGGCAGCAAUUAUUGUAACUAUUAUUAAGUUUACCUUUUAGUUGUUUCUUCUCUACUUCGAUACUCGCUUGAGAGCCACGCUACCACUUCAGUUUUUCCUCUUGUAUUCCACAGAUCGAGAUGAAUGCUCCGUGAAAGGUUCUUGUCCGCUGGCAAAUUCAUACUGUGUGAACACGUUUGGAUCAUACAAGUGCCUUUGUAACAAGGGAUACAAAGAGGUUUACGAUGCAAAGAAAAAACUUUUAAAAUGCCAGGGUAUGGUUACAAUUGUAGCUGUUACGUCUCUUCAUUAAUAGCUUCUUUUUUCACAAAGGAUCGCCUAGUCUGUCGGCCUUUUCAUUGCCAUUUUAAGACUUCUAGAGAGAGGUUGCUGGAUUAUUUUGGUUAUAUAUGAUUUACAUAUGAUGUGUUAUCUAUGUCAGUUUGUCUACCUGAGUGAAAACUACCUUAGUGGAGACAUUGCUUAAGCAACUACGGCGGAACGGCAGCGAAAACGUCACUUAGAACUUGCGGAAUUCGCUCUGUUUCAAACUUCAUCAUUUACAAUUUUAUGCGCUGACAAGAAUGUAAGAUCUAAAAGUACUUUGGAUACUUUGGAAGGAAACCGUCGUUGGGUGCCCCUGCUUAUAGAAAUAGGAUUGUAAUUAGGUCUCAGCCAACUCUCUCCAAGACGAACACCUUUGGGACUGGCACUAUAGCCUGGUUUUCACUAGCGCCAAGAGAGAAUGAUAGAUCAUUCUCUCUUGCCAGCGCAUAAGAACACACACACCGCGGGCAGAAUGGUAUAUUUGACUCAAUUUUCGACACCAGCUCUCCUCAAUCCGAUGAUAAACAAGGUUGCUGACGAAGCUUCCGCCACAUUGCUUUGAUAUGUUCGCAUGAGGACUGGGUCAAAGUGACCUAUGAUUGGUCCACGACCUUGUGCGCAUGCUUGUGCUUAUGUCGACCCAGUUUUCACUAGUCAAAGCUACGACAUAAGCACAAGCAAAAGCAUAAGAAGAGCGAACUUGUCCGUUUUUCUCGUGAUGCUUAUGCUUAUGUCGACCCAGUUUUCACUUGCUUACCCAUCUGCUUGUACUUAUUCUUAUGCUUAUGCUUAUGGGCUAGUGAAAAGCAGCCUUAUGCAUCCGUCUUAGAGAGAUCUCCGUCUUAAAAAGAUUCAACUAGAGUGAAGUAAAAGGAUGCAAUGGACCAACUCUAGAUCUCCGUUUUAGCGAGAUGUCUGUCUUAUAGAAGUGUCCGUUAAGAUAGAAAUGACUGUAUCACAUAACUUUUAAAAACAGUUUUAGGAUUUUCUAAAUAAAAAAAAGGUAUAUCACACCAACAAGGGAUAUAUAUUGGCGCUAAUAUUAAUGCUAUAACCAAGAACCAAGAAUUUUGAGACCCUAUUGGCAGUAUUUUUAUAUGAUUUUUAGAUGUUGAUGAAUGUGAGGAUUCGAAUCUCUUCAAGUGCCCCGAGCGAACUAAAUGCGUCAACCAGCAAGGGGACUAUACCUGUCAAUGCAUAUCAGGAUAUGAAUCAGCUCUAAAAAGUAUCAGCCAAGCAAAGGACAUCAAAUGCAGAGGUGAGCUUAUUUAUUAACUUAAGAGUUUUACACAUGCAACGAGAUGCUUUAAGCAAGUGGAGUGAAAUGAUAAUGACUAUGAUAACAAUCCAAGUCCAUGGAUUGGACUCGGAUGUUGAGAGAGAAAAUCAAUCACAAUUACACUAGUAUAUCUUAUAUAAUAAUAAUAAUAAUAAUAAUAAUAAUAAUGAUAAUAAUGAUAAUGAUAAGAAGAAGAAGAAUGAUUAAACUAGAAUCUUGGUCUUAAGACUUGGUUGCUCAAAGAUUUAUUGAGCUUUAGAAAUUUUCCAAAGCAGUAAUGCUAUUCCUGAACUUAGCUUCGUCCUUUGCCCAUUUUGUUUCAUUUUUUCAUUCUCCCAUUCUUUUCAUGUUUUGAAAAAAACUUUUAUCUACUUUUUUUUUCGCGUAUCAGACGAAGACGAAUGCGCAAAGAAGACCUAUUCCUGUCACGUGAAUGCCACGUGUUCAAACACCAUUGGCUCAUACAAGUGCAUGUGCUUCUCAGGACUACAAGGCGAUGGCCGAACACACUGUACAGGUAAAUAAACACUCUUCGCGUGUGAAUUCACUGGUCAUUACGCAUGCACGAAUGUAGAGAUGAAUCUGACAUCUGCAACUACCACCGAACUCAAUGCAACCUUCGAAUAAUACAUUAAUUUAUGGAUUGUUUGGAGGUACGCUUGACCUGGAUUGAUUGUAAUAAUUGGCUUUAUUAACAAAACAACAGUACUUCAAGUGCAGCACCCUUUUUGCUACAUUUCUUUGACUUUACACUGCAAGAUUACAACGUGAAACUUUCUAAUUUGAAAUUAAAACAAACAAAGACGAAGUUUUUUAAUUCGAAUAUUCCAGGAAAAUUAAAAUUAUACUUCAUCUGGCAAAUUUUGCGUCGGUGAAAAAAACUCGAUAAAGUUUGAAAGAAUCCAAGCUGAAUUUCAUUGACCAUUCACUGCAGUCCUCGCCGUUGUUGUUUGAGCUCGAUAAUGAUGAUGAUGAUGAUGAUGAUGAUGAUGAUGAUGAUGAUGAUGAUGAUGGUGAUGAUGGUUGAUAAUGACGAUGGUGUUGAUAAGGGUGGUGUUGAUGAUGAUGGUGACAGCUGUUUCGCCUUUUGCCGCUCGUCAGGACGGCGUAACAAACAGUAAAACUCUGCUGUAAAAAUUCACCUUCUCUCUUUUUUUAGCUCUGACACUGAAACCCAACACCCACUGAAUCACGCCACAUCACGUGUCUCCGGAGGCUAAGAGCCCAAGUAUCGCAUUGAUGUCUACUUGGUAUAUUUUUACUGAUCACGUCUUCUUUAGACCCUACGUUCUGCGACAUAUUCGUUUGCGGUCCUUAGUAGUUAAUUUUCAUUUAGCACUAAUUAAUUGAAUAUAAAUCAAUUCAAAAUUUUUCCCAGAUCUGUAUCCAUGCCUGGAAGGAAACAAAUGCAGAUUUGAACAUCAGAUAUGCAAAAAAAUGAAAGGAACUCACUUGUGUGACUGCAUUGAUGGGUACUAUCACGGUUUCAGGAGGUGUGAAGGUACUGAGCUACUACAUACAGCCACAAUAUCCUUGUACGCAAAAACCAAAACUCGAGUGUAUUUAUUUAUUUUUUCUACCAUGAAUAUUAGCAAAUCGUCGACAAUAUUCCUGGGUCUCUCUUACUCUCAUCUUCCAUAGAAAUAAACAUUUUGACGUCAUUUCUAUGGUCGAUAAGUGUACAGACCAUAUUAGGUUGUUGUUGAUUUGUUUUUUAUAAUAGCAUCGACAGUUUUUGAUGUCCGUUUCCGUUUCUUUGAAAGUCGCACGCGCGAAAAAGAGACCUCAUGUUCUCGACCAAUCAGCGCCUGAUAAAUCACUCAGUUAUACAAUUAUGAUUCCUGUUUCGACGGAUUUUUCUGAAGAUGACUUAACCAACAGGGUAAGGAUAAACAAAAAAUUGAUUUGAGAGUAAAGAUAUUAACAGGCGAGUUUCUAUGAUAUAGAAUUUUUGUUUCUCCCCCUCCCGCGUAAAACUCCUUGGAACAGGAAUGCAUCAACAGAUCUUCGCAUAGAUCAAUCAUGAUAUAAUUCUACUCCAAUAAGUAAUAAGUCUUUUACCUUCUUAAAUGAUACAUAUCUAUAUUCUUGCAGAUAAGAACGAAUGUGAAUUAGAUUCCAAAAUUUGUGGAUCACACUCUGCUUGUACCAACAAUGAAGGAUCCUACAAAUGCAACUGCGAAACUGGUUUUACAAGCGCAAGUGGUGAUGGGAAGCGUUGUAUAGGUAAGAGGCUAUGGGCAGAUAUAUCUUGACUUCAUUGUUUACAUUUCUGCUCGUUGACAUACGAGUUAACCCAUAGAAAAAUUAGCCGUAUAUACCGAUUAGGUUCAAAAAUUGAAAGAGUUAAUUUGGUUAAUUAAAGCAGUUUGUAAAAGUUUCAACACUUUGCAAUCAAUAACAAAGGAAGUUAAGAAGCAAUCAAAAACCGGGAAAUUGCCGGCUGGGAAAACAUUAAUGAGGAAAUACAUUAUUUUUUGUUAAAUUUUUUUUUUUUUCAGAUAGAAUUUCUUGGAACCUAUUUGGUAUAUCGGGCUCACAUUUUCAGAGAUUUUUGAAAUUGUUAUGUUCUUUCAGUAUUCAGAGGUUUUAUUCUAGUAGGCCUAGUAGCUUUAUCAGAUGAUAAGCAUAUGUUAACUGCUUGAUCUGUCUUUUUGAGAUAGAAAAUAUUUAAAUAGAAAAUAAUUCAACCUGUCAAUUGGCAAAAAAGUUUUCAGAAAUUCCUUGCAAAUAUCCUUCGAAUUUUUCUGGAUCUUUGCUUUUUUAUUACAGGAACUUAUUUGGUGAAACUUAAUAUUUUUUAUGGCAGAUAUAGACGAAUGCAAGGAAAAGUCUGUUUGUGGAACUGUGGCAAGAUGUGAAAAUAUGCUUGGAAUGUUUGACUGCAUUUGUCCUCAAGGCUACCGCUAUGUUGAAGAAACGAAGGGAUGCCCAGGUUAACAACAAAAAACCUCAUAGUUAACUCUAUCAGAAGUCCACACUUUCCUUCAAUUUUUUUUCCAAUCGCUGUGUUCAGCAAGGGGAAAUGCACAAUGGAAUGAUGAUUUUAAACGAACAAGUAAACGUUAACUUUUGCGUAUCUUUAGAAUACGAAAUUCAGGUCUAACAUAGUCCAUUCUUUGCAAUUUUGAGCUUAUAGAGGUGUAGAGUACGGGAAAUUUUAAACAAGGAAUUAAUAGUGCAACCCAAACGCAAAGCGUUUGUCCAAAACUGAUAUUCUUAAUCUUUGCUUUCAGUUACUCAGAAGUAAUACUUAGUAUUAGUACAAAAAUAUAUCUCAGGUCGUUCCCUUAUAGGUUAGGUACGCUAUCAAGAAUCAUAUCAAGAUCAUGCUGAACUUAUAAUAAUUCAGGAAUUAAUGUUAAUGAAAUUAUUUUGACCUUAGCUUUACUGAUUAUCUGAUUAUGUCAUGUAAGCUAAAAAGAUCAAUAUGUUAUUUUAAAAAAAUUUCCUCAUGUUGGCCUCUUUUUUAAAAAUAUUUCUCGGUAUCAUGCAGACAUAGAUGAGUGCGCGGAGCUUGUAUGUGGUCUUAACACUUUGUGCUUCAACACCAAUGGCUCUUAUUCGUGCGCCUGUCAAGCUGGAUUUCGCUCAGAAAACCACACGUUAAACUGCACAGGUGAGUAACUAAAUAGGGUAUUUUCUGGGAAAAUAACAUUGAAUGGUUUAUUGAUUACAUCCUACUAAUUUGUUUGCGGCGUGCGUCUUUCAAUCCAAACUUUUCCUUGGCCUAUUAACAAAUUGAGUUAAGAUCCUUCUAUUGAAUGAUCACUCUAUUUUAGAACAAAUUAUCAAUCAUUGACACCAUUCAAGCUUCCAGGUACUACAUGCUUUGGUUUUUCUUAAUAUUUGAGUGUAUCUUCAAAUCAAACUACACCCUCGCAAGGGAUAACUAUUGGCGGAAAUAUCGUGUAAAAUCCACGCCCAAUUCGAUCCGCGGUUAUGCCAGAGGAAUUAUCCAUCUUACCUUCUUUCACACAACAACUUUGAGAGGCUUUUGUUGGUAACUUUCACGAGCACGCAAGUAUCUGCUACUCUAGUUUAAGACCAUAAAUGUUGUUUACAAAAAAACAGUAAGUGGCUUCCAGUGACAACCUCGUCCCCAGGGCCCCUCUCAUUUUUAUUAGGAAAAAGCCCUUGUGACGAGGUUGUUCCAGUGAAGGAUUUUCCCAGCUGAGGACUGGUAGAAAAUCUAGCUAGUCCAGUCAGAUUAGAGUUUGCAUAUUUCAUAUUAUAACUCUUAAGACUCAGGACUUUUGCUGCCAAUAUUUCAGACCGUAAGGCUGAGCUUGAAAUCGAAAAUCUUUCGUGCCGAAAAUAUCUACAAAUUAUAUAAAACGACUGAUGAGAAAGUAUCUCUUCCAUCUUAGACGCUUUAUUCUGUAAUUACUUUAAAGUAAUAUGAUGAAUUCGACUUGCAUUUUCUUGUUAUAUUUCAGAUAUUGAUGAAUGUUUGGAGAACACUUACACCUGCGACUCAGCCUCAAACUGUGAAAACACACUAGGUGGAUAUGACUGCAAGUGUAAGGAGGGCUAUUAUAAGACAGCUCAAGGCACAUGUGCAGGUAAUAAAAUCACGUGUUGUGAGCACAUGAAGCAAAAUAUGCUUUAGGUGAGACGUUAAAGGGGCCUAAAAAUUUGUAAAUGAUAGUAGAAAUCCCUAAUAUAGACUUAACCUUUCCUGGAGUUUGAAUAAAAACCGCAUACGAGGGAAUGGUCUUCAAAAAAGGGGCGGUAAGUUGUACCCAACCUCCCUUCCCCCCGUGAUUUGGCCUGACAUGACUGACCGGCCCACUUUUACGAAAAAGGGGGCAAUGGAAUACGAAAUCUGAUGUCUAAUGUCUCCUUCACUCUGUGUUUAUGUAAUAAUAUAUUUACUAACAAUUAACCCCCAGCAGUUGUUCGUCUAUCCCGCCUAGAUUAGCAGGUGCUACUUGCAGUCAGUGUAAUUACUGAAGUUAAGUUCUUCAAUUCUCAAUGGGAACGGCCUAUGAUCCUUCAAUAGCAGAGAGAGUAUACUUCCACUGGUUACUCACACACCUUAUGUAAAACACACUCCUACAUACAGUUAACUCAAAUCUCUAUAUAACUCGUCGUGUAUGGUUUUUUAAAUCCUUUGAAACCUCUCUUGCAGAGAAGUGCGGUGUAAGCUGUAGCGAAAAUGCCUUUUGUCAUCAUGGACAGUGUCUCUGCCUUCCUGGGUACUCCCUUGGACCGUUCAAUGAGUGUUACGAAGGCAAGUUGCUAUAA